UGCGAGGAGCCGGGCGGCCUGCGCCCCGGCACCUGGCCCUGCGCUCCGCGCGUCCUCUUCCGGGCGCCCGCUGGUCGUCUUGGUUACGGCUGCUAGCUGUCCUAGAGCCUCCGAGCGGCAAGAGUGCCGCGGGAGCCGCUGACUGGUGACGCCCGCGGCUCCUCGGGGUGUCUGAGGUGGUGGCGGUGCAGCUUUGGAUGCCCAGUGUCGAAGCUUUGGAGGAGAUUGAGUUUAAAAAAAAAACAACCGAAAUAAUAAAAGAUGUCUCGAAAAAUUCCUAAAGAAUCAAAAAAAGUGAACAUCUUUAGUUCCCUGGAAUCUGAAGAUAUUAGUUUAGAAACAACAAUUCCUACUGAUGAUAUUUCAUCAUCUGAAGAGCGAGAAGGUAAAGUCAAAAUCACCAGGCAGCUAAUUGAACGAAAAGAACUACUUCAUGAUAUUCAGUUACUGAAAAUAGAGUUAUCUCAGAAAAAUAUGAUGAUCGACAAUUUGAAAGUGGAUUAUCUUACAAAGAUUGAAGAAUUAGAAGAGAAACUUAAUGAUGCACUUCAUCAGAAGCAACUACUAACUUUGAGAUUAGACAACCAAUUGACUUUUCAACAGAAGGAUGCCAGAAAGUAUCACGAACUCAUGAAACAAGAAAUGGAAACUAUUUUAUUAAGACAAAAACAACUAGAAGAGACAAAUCAUCAGCUAAGAGAGAAAGCUGGAGAUGUUCGUCGAAACCUACGUGACUUUGAGUUGACAGAAGACCAAUAUACGAAACUAAAAGGUUUUCCUGAGGAUCAGCUUUCUAUUCCUGAAUAUGUAUCAAUUCGGUUCUAUGAACUAGUGAGUCCAUUAAGAAAGGAAAUCUGUGAACUACAGGUGAAAAAGAAUGACCUAUCAGAAGAAUUAAGUACAAAUAAAGGCCAGCUGAAGCAACUGACAGAGACUUAUGAGGAAGAUCGAAGAAACUACUCUGAACUUCAAAUUAGAUGUCAACGUUUGGCUUUAGAAUUAGCAGACACAAAGCAGUUAAUUCAGCAAGGCGACUACCGUCAGGAGAACUAUGAUAAAGUCAAAAGUGAACGUGAUGCACUUGAACAAGAAGUACUUGAGCUUAGGAGAAAACAUGAAAUACUUGAAGCCUCUCACAUAACUCAAGCUAAAGAAAGAAGUGAAUUAUCAAAAGAGGUGGUGACCUUACAGCAGACCGUGACUUUGCUGCAAAAGGAUAAAGAAUAUCUCAACCGCCAGAACAUGGAGCUCAGUGUACGCUGUGCCCAUGAAGAGGAUCGCCUUGAGAGGCUCCAGCUUCAACUUGAAGAUACCAAAAAGGCUCGAGAAGAGAUGUACGAAAAAUACAUAACAUCCAGAGACCAUUAUAAGACAGAAUAUGAAAAUAAACUACAUGAUGAACUGGAACAAAUCAAGUUGAAAACUAAUCAAGAAAUUGAUCAGCUUCGAAGUGCCUCUAGGGAAAUGUAUGAAAGAGAAAACAGAAAUCUCCGAGAAGCAAGGGAUAAUGCUUUGGCUGAAAAGGACCGAGCAGUGAUGGCAGAAAAGGAUGCUUUGGAAAAACAUGAUCAGCUCUUAGACAGGUACAGAGAACUACAACUGAAUACAGAAAGCAAGGUAGCAGAAUUUCUCCAUCAAAGUAAAUUAAAGUCUUUUGAAAGUGAGCGUGUUCAACUUCUACAGGAGGAAACUGCGAGGAAUCUCAGCCAGUGUCAGCUGGAAUGUGAAAAGUAUCAGAAGAAAUUGGAGGUUUUAACUAAAGAAUUUUAUAGCCUCCAAGCCUCUUCUGAAAAACGCAUUACUGAACUUCAAGCACAGAACUCUGAACAUCAAGCAAGACUAGACAUUUAUGAGAAAUUGGAAAGAGAACUUGAUGAAAUAAUAAUGCAGACUGCAGAAAUUGAAAAUGAAGAUGAAGCUGAAAGGAUCCUUUACUCAUAUGGCUACGGUGCAAACGUUCCCACAACAGCUAAAAGACGGCUGAAGCAGAGUGUCCACUUGGCAAGAAGAGUGCUUCAGUUAGAAAAACAAAACUCGUUGAUUUUAAAAGAUCUGGAACAUCAAAAGGACCAAGUAACACAGCUUUCACAAGAGCGUGACAGAGCCAAUUUGCUGUUAAGCCAGACUCAACAACCUUACAGAUUCCUGGUAGAAUCAGUGCGUCAGAGAGAUUCUAAGAUCGAUGCCCUGAUGAAGUGUGUAGCACAGCUUGAGAAAGAGGUCAGCAAUUUAAAUAAAGAAAAAUCAGCUUUACUACAGAUGAAGAACCAAAUGGCAUUAGACUUAGAACAACUUCUAAGUCAUCGUGAGGAAUUGGCAGCCAUGAAGCAGAUUCUCAUUAAUAUGCAUGGUAAACACUCUGAGGACAGCUUACUUCUUACUAAAAUGCAGGCAAAGAAUGUGACAGAGACCAAGACAUCCAAGACUCUGACCGUGCCGAGAGAACAGGAGGACAAUGUAUUUAUACCCAAGCCAACACUCUUCACCAAGAAGGAAGCACCUGAAUGGUCCAAAAAGCAGAAGACAGCGUGCUGAGCUGCGCAGGAGCAGCUCUAGCUCCCUUUCACUUGCCAGUGAGCACACCUGGAAGUGCUUGCCAUACCAUUUUUUUACACUGGGGGGACACUGUAUCAUUAUUAAAUCCAGAAGUUAUUUUUCUGAUUUAAAAAAAAAAAAAUCAUCUUAAUAGCACACUUUGCAGGCAUGUGGUGCUGAUCAGAGAU